CAUGAAGUUGGCCCUGCCUAUGGUCCUGUUCAUCCUUCCCGGAGCCCUUUUGGGGGGUGAGAGUCCCCCAGCUCUUUCUUACAGAAACGACUUGGAUUCAGUGUGUGGACGUCCCGGGACAUCAGGCCGGAUUGUGUCGGGGCAGGAUGCCCAGCCUGGCCGGUGGCCCUGGCAGGUCAGCUUGAGGGAGUAUGGACAACACGUCUGUGGCGGUUCCCUCAUUGCCGAGGACUGGGUGCUGACCGCCGCCCACUGCUUCAGCCAGGGUGAGCCCCUGUCUGCCUACAAAGUACUUCUGGGCUCCAUCUCCUCCUACCCCGAGGAUGGUGAACCUGGGGAGCUCCGAGCGGUGGCCCAGUGUGUCAAGUAUCCGAGCUACUCGGCAGAGGAGCACAGCAGCGGAGACAUUGCCCUGGUGCAGCUGGACACACCUGUCUCUUUCAGUGACCUCAUCCUCCCAGUCUGCCUCCCCAGACCUGAAGACCCUGUGGAUCCUGGCAUCUGGUGCUGGGUGACUGGCUGGGGGAACAUCGGCAUGAAUCAAGCGCUCCCGCCACCCUUCACUCUGAAGGAGCUGCAGGUCCCACUCAUUGAUGCCCAGACUUGUGACGCCUUCUACCGGGAGAACUCCAUCCCCAGCCAGGAGCCCAUCAUCCUGGGGGACAUGCUGUGUGCUGGCUUCGAGGAAGGCCGGAAGGAUGCCUGUAACGGUGACUCCGGCGGUCCUCUGGUCUGUGACAUUGAUGGGGUCUGGACCCAGGCGGGAGUGGUGAGUUGGGGAUCUGACUGUGCCCUGCCCAAGAGGCCCGGUGUUUAUACCAACGUCAGCGUCUACACCACGUGGAUUGUGGGCACAGUGUGGAACUCAGCCCCAGAUGAAAGAGUCUUCUCUUCCAGCAGUGCAGGGACCUUGCUGUGUGGUCUGUUGCUGCUCCUGGGACCACUGGGUGGCACCUUCAUCUGCCUGGGGUUGGUUUAACAGGAAGCCCAUCAUCUCAGCCCUUUCACCCUGAACUCUCACUCUCUGCUCCAUGAGGAGCAGCUUCUCAUGAGGGUCCCGCUUCUCGGGCCCACCCAGCGCAUCCUCCUGCUGCUGUGCUGCGCCCCACCACCUCCUGCAUCAGCCUUGCAACCCCACGCACUCCCUCUCCUUCAGCCAAGCCCUGGCCUCCUCCUGGCUACCAUGGCCCCUGAGCUGCCUCUCGUGCUCCUAGGGACCUUGGAUUGCCAGACAGAGCCUUGGGCUUCUGGCUUGUUUUCACUGCCUUCUCCUUGCAGCCCAGGGCCAAGGACAGGACACAGCCACCUUUCAGGGAAUCCUUGCUGGCUCCUGGGGCUGGUGGGUGUUUGUGCAGUGUGCCUGUAUC